AUGUCCUGGACAAGGCUUCAACCUGCCCUCAGCCGUGCCCUGCUCAAUGUGGAGCUUGCCAAGCCUCUGCCUUCUCAGAGCCUGCUCUCGGUGGCUGCCAGUUUUCCGGAACUGGGGUCAGUGGUCAGCUUUCAAAAACUUGGAGGAACAGAAGAGCAGCGAAGUGGGUCAGUGAAGCCCGAUCAUGGAUUGCUUUUUUCCUUAGUUUUUUCCUUCGUUUCUUCAAAGACGAUCCAAGCUUUGCGGAGCCCGCGGGACUCGUCCGCGGGCGGACAGCUCUCAGGUGUGCGGCGGCACGCGCAGGUGGCACCGAGCCUGGGUACGCGGCUCGGGCCGCGCUCCUCCCCAGCCCAGGGCAGCGCGGGCGGCUACCGGGGCUGGCGGCUACAGCUGAGGGCGCUUCUGACGCCCUGGGGGCAGCUUGAGGUCCCCUCGGCCCGAGGCGCUGACCUGGGGCGGUUCAUCUUCCUCUCGGGCUGCCGGGUUUCCAGCUCCGCUCUGGCCGGUCCAGCCUCUGUACAAACUUUUCAGCAGCUUCAAGUUUCCCUGGCGGGGGCGGGGCCACACAGCGCGCGGCCUGGGCCCCCAUUGGCCAGAUGUGAAGUGGGCGGGGCGCCCGCUCUCUCCCCUGCGCGGCGAGGAAGCGCUGCGGGGCAGAGGGCGGGGCCCCGGGCGGCGCGGGUCCCACCGCGCCUCCGCUGGCUGCUUGCCUGCGGCUUUCCAGCCCACCGUGGGGCUGGGAUGGUGGAGGCUUGGCCACCCUGCUGUAGGCAGGUGGUGCGGAGAGGCCGCGGUCCGCGGGGACCCUGGGGAAGUCCCGGUAUUCUCCUAUGCACCCUCUUAGCUACUUUGAACUCGGCAUCCAGGGAGGACAGCUCUGAAACCGGCAUCUUUUUUUCCUCGCUGCCUCCCUCUCCAAGUGGGCUAUUUCUCGCACCUUCUUCAGCCGAGUUGCAACAUCUGGGUGCUGGGAAGGGAGGUCAGCGGCUUAGGACUCUACCUGGGAGCUGUCGAGCUUGUUGACUGCUUUCCACGGAACUUUCACAAUUGCAUUCACAAAGUGAAAGAAGAGAGUGAAAAAGUUGGCUUAAAGCUCAACAUUCAGAAAACUAAGAUCAUGGCAUCCGGUCCCAUCACUU